GGGCGGCCCCGGCAGCGCCGCGAUCAGGUGGCAGCGCCGAGCCCGAGCCCGGCCGCUGCCUGGCGGAUAAAAGUGCCGCCCGCCGCGGGACGGCCGCCAGCCGAGCGGAGCCGACGAGGAGCCGCGGUAAGCUGCGGGGCGGGACGGGACCGCGGCGGGGGAGGGGAACCGGGCCUCGGCCGGGGGUGCCCCGCGGUGCGCACCGGGAGCCGGCCCCGCUGCGGGCUCCGGGGGCGGCGGUAACUCCGGGCUCUGCGCGCCGCUCGCGGGUCGCCCCGCUCCAUCCGCCGCGCGCUCCCCCGUAAGGGUGGCGGUGCCGGCCCGGCCGCUCGCGCCCCGCACGGCCGCACGCCGCGGUGCCCCCAGGCCGGCCGUGCCGCCGCGGGGUUCGGAGAGCCCUUCGGGCGGUGCGCGGCCGUCCCCGCGGCCACCGCCUCCGCUGCGGGGGUCGGCACGGGAACGGCCCGGGGAGCGGGACGGGGCACAAAGCGCACGGCCGGACGGGAGAGCCGCGGCGGCUCGGCGCGCCCACAGCCAAGUUCGGGGCGGGCCGAUUCCUCGGGGGGAGCCCGACGGCGGGGCCGGGCAGCGCAUCCCGCCCGCCAGGCGCUGAGCCCCGGCACCCCGGGCGGGACGGGGCCGCGCCGUGCGUCGAAUCGUUGCCGGGGCCGCCGCCGGCAGCAGCGCGACUCAUGGCGGCCCGGCGUGCGGGGACGGCGGGAGGGCCGUAACCCGUUCGACGGGGCGGCAAACGAGCGUCGUGCCGCGCGGCUCUGCCUACUGCCGGGUACCCUCAUGUCAUGCUGUGAGUUCGGUUUAUUCCUAACGCCGCGGGAACGGUGGCGGGAUUAGCAACGGCAAAACAUUGUUUUCCCUUAUGAUAGGCCACAUCAGCCCGGGCGGGGAGCACAUCGCUUCUCCCUCGGCCUCUCCAUCCACCUCCAGGCAUGCUGUUGCCCCCCAGUGCCUGGGUGCUGGCCUUUAGCACGGCUCCAGCUCACAGGCAGCAAAGGUACAACAGCCCCGGUUUGGGGAGCGCACCCCAGCAGCACUCUGGGCAGUACAGCCCUGUGAGCAGCAGCAGCACAGCAGGUUAGAAGCAUUCGUGCUCAGCAGCAGCACGGUGCUGAUUGUGCUUCCUGCCCCUGGGACAUGCACGUCCCAGUCCUCUGGGAACAAGCGAAAUCCCAGGGAUUUCAUUCCCACUCCAGGAGCUCCCAGCUCUGGCCCAGCUUCCACGUUGGUCUGGUCAACAUGGGAAGGGGCACAGUUUAGCCAAACAGCUGAACCCGACUAAGUCUCAGAACUGGAGAGGCGAGCCGAGGCUGCUCUGGUGUUCAGAAAUAUAUGGGGGGAAGGAGGAAAUCCUCUACAUGGGAUAUGGGAGAGAAGAACAAAACACAGAACUCUAACAAGAGAGGCUCUGUUGGAGCCUCUCUUUGAGAGGCACGCUGGCUUUCAGCCGGAAACAUCACAUCUGGGACCCAGGUAGAAGUGAGGAGCAAGGAAACACAUCGGAGUGAGGCAGAGCUCUGUCAGUGCAUCUCGCACACAGCCCUCCUGCUGCCCCACACCACAGGGAUGCAGGCAGCCCUCCCUCCCGCCAGGCUGCUUUCCCACAGGAAGCAACAUUCAUGCCUCCAAUUGGGUAUGGGAGCUUCUCCCAACCCCCGUCUCUAGAUAUAUGCACACUGAGUUUCAGCUCCAAAACAACACCUAGCCAGGGCUCUGGUGCUCCGAAAUAGAUUGGAGGUCUCUGGAGUGCAGCCCCUGCAACUGGGGGCCCUCCCUGCUGCUGGACUUGUCCCACCCAGCUCCUCUCUCCCUUUAAAUAAGGCAGCAACAGCCCUCAGGCAGCUCGUGUCAAAUUAAACCACCACAGCUGGCAGCUUCCUGCAGGACAGCUCACCGGUCAGGUGCCGGUGUCUCCAGUGGGGUGUUUGGAUACAGCACAGCACUGAUGGGACUUCACGUCCCCCCCGUAAAGAUUGCACACCCCAAGACUGAGCAUGGCUGUGUUUCCUUGGAGCCAGGAAUCCCUAUUCAUGAGCAAAAUUGGCAUUCGCUGUGCCUUGUGCUGAGCAGCCGCCCAUACCAAUCAGAGCGCACGGAGACCAGGGGUGCUGGCUCUGUGCUGUUUGCAUGGGAAGCAUUCACUGCUGCAUGUAAACUUGAUUUCCAGCUAAUUGAUUACAGUUGGCCUCUGUUCCUGUUACCCUAAGCAACCCCAUCAAUGUGCUCAGAGCAACCUCAUUCCUUCCAGCUGCUGCGGGCAGGAGGCCGGCAGGGCUAGGCAGCUGCUUGCCAGCCCCGCUCCACUGCUUUCCCUCCGGCUCAGCUUUCCACUGGUACAGCCAUGUGCUGAACCUCCCCAUGGCCCUGGCAUGCCCACAGCCCCACUCACCCACCCUAGGGUGUUGCCCACCACGGGCACACUGACAGCACAAUGCUCUGAGAUCACUCAGGGAAGGAAGGAGGGCCGUACUUAGAUGCACACUACUUGGAACAGCCUCUGAAAGAGGUCUGGGUGAGCAUCGGCAUGGAGGUGCCAUGCAAUUUCCAGCAAUCACAGCAGCGAAUUCACAGCUGCCUUCAAUUUUAUGGGUUUUGGUGCAGGCUGAGGCAGAGCACAGAGGUGCUGCCUAACAAUGAGAGGCCAACAGCCUCUGGCAGCAGCAGCAGCCCUGGGUGCAAACCACGCAGCCCCAGUCCCCAGCAGCAUCACAUAACCAUCAGAGCAGCUGUUUUUUUUGUGCAGCAGAUGGGGAAGGGAAAGCACCUCUCUUAUCAACUGGGCACAUCCCUAGGAGAAAGGAGGCCCCAUCGCACACUGCAGGAGGCACAGCUCUGCUCCAUACAGGUGCCCAGGCAGCCAGGGUCUCUCACACACACAAUAUGGGAGCGGGGGAGCUUCUCUGAGCUCUGCCUGCAGCCCAGAUGCCAUCAGCUGGUGCCAAAAUAAGCAGCAUAGCUUUGGAACAGAUGCUCUCCCUCCCCUUUUGCUUUGAGAGACGUGGAAUUGAGAACAGCCCCCAGAGCUCAGCCAGCUCACAGCCCUGACGCUGCACACAGCCAUAGGAUCCAGCUCACGCCUCCUCAAGGCUUCAUUCUGCUUUUUAGAGAGCAUUUGAUGCAUCCAGCCUGAGUUUAAGCAAGACACAGGUGGCUGCACUAUGAGCCUGAGCAGCAGACACAUGGAGUGCUGGAGCAUACCAGGAGCUCCACAAUAAAAGGCACUGCUUUAAAAAACAAAAAGCAGUUUGCUUCUCAUGGAUAAAACCAGUUGCCGAGGGAAGCGCAUCCCCAGAGCACAGCCCUGCAUCACACAGAGGUUCAUGAAUACCCGCAUGCUGCAGGUUGUGCAGCUCCAGUGCCCAGGAAGGGAGCAGAGCUGUGACACCAGCUGUCACCCUGCAGGCAGGGUCACAGAGGCCGGGGCACCCAGAGAUCAGGCUCAGGUCAUGGGAGCAGCCCGGAUUCUCGCUGUGCGGAGGAGGCAGUGCCACACAGGGAGAUAAAAGCUCUCUCUAACCAGAUGUGCUGGAUGCAGGGUCACUGAGCAGCGAUAAGCCCAAGACCUCUCUCAGCCAAACCAUGCACGUCCCCUGUGUGGCGGGGAGCCACGCCUGAACACAGCACUGACAGCAGUGCGUGCCUCUGAGUGCGGGGGCCGCGGUUGUGCUGGGUGCUGUGCGGGCAGCCAGGCCUGCUCACAGCUUCUGGGAGACAGAUUGUUAUCUCAAGUUCGCAUCUGACAGCUUCCAUCCCAUGCUUGCCUAAGAAGGUAAUGCAGACAGCCAGCAGGAAUCGGAGCAGGGCUUGGCCACAGGUGCAAGGUACAGCUGAGGCAUCCUCCGUCACACCCACAUCACCCCAUGUCCCUGAUGUUUCCCAAUCCAAAAUCCAACUGUUCAUUUCUCUGCUCACGAGGACACACCGAUGGCUGACAGCAGCCAGUGGCAGCUCCAGGAACACAUCCCCAGCAGGGCAGGGGCUGCAGUUCACAUUCCACCUCCCAGCUUUGCUACGGUGGUGCCCACAGAGACAGGGAUGCCCGCUGGCCUCGAGCCCACCUUGAGCUCCCUCAGACCCAGCAUGAGCAAGCUGUGACCCUGAGAACAGCUGUACUUUGUGCUCUCCGCUGAAAUUUCUUUUAAACACCGUUCUCCAAGACCAUUUCCAAAGCAGUUUGCUGUUCGGCCUACCUGGGAAGGGCCCUGAGCAGACUCGUUUCAGCACCUGCAAUACUGACUCUUUACUGCAGCGUUUGUCAUCUCUAAAAAUGAGUAACUUCACCUCUCCGGGGAAGGGGGAGAAGCAGCCUCAGUGCUGGUACCUCUUACACCCAGCCCACAGACCCGCUUCAAAUCCCAGAUGAUGCUCUGGGAAAGAAAGUGGGGGCUUCUGCUGUUUCGCUGGGAGCGAGGCUCUCUCUGCACCUGCUCCUCCCCAUGCCCUGAGCUCACUGGGCCCCUCUUGGUGCAUUCCCACCAUCCCCAGUGCCGCACAGCCUUCGGGCUGUGGUGGGGACGAGCAGAAGGCAGCACCAGAACAGGGCCACCCCUCAGUACCAGCCUGCAGGCCCAGGGCUCACAGUGCAGGGGGAGGAGAGCCAGGGAGGUGCUUUCACCUCUGCUAGGUACAGUACCACGGCACCGACGUAUAACGCAAUGCUUACUGCAACCCUGACUCAUACCCCUUAGGAACGAGUCAGCACCUCUGCUCUCAAGCUAGAAGAGCUUUUAGAAAAGAAAAUCCACUAAGUCCCCCUAAAAAGUCACAGAAAAAGCCACCCAGCAGCAUCAGAAUGAGAAUCUCGAGGUUCAGAGCAGCCAUCUCAUCAGUGGAAGCCAACAAGCAGGGCCCUCCAGUAUUCCAGAGACCGCAGCACAUUUAACCGUGACAUCUGCCUGUGUCUCCCUCAGUCUCCUGACCUCUCAGAGGUGUUUUCAGGCCUUUCUCAGAAGACCCAGGAACCAACAAUGCUUUCCUGGUGGAAUUUCAGUUUUCAUUAAUGGAAAUCUGUGUCUCUGGGAACCAAAGCCAGAAGAGGAAACACCAACUACUGCACGACUCAGAGCAAGGGAGCUGUAAGCACCAUCUCUGGUGGCCUUUCUGAGGGAGCACACUGCCCAGGACACGAACUAUUACAGAGAUGUUAUCUUAUUGCUUUUAAAACUCUACCUGGAGAGGAACUGCCACGCUGCCAGGAAACCCAGCCUGGAGGACACACUCAACCCCACAAAGACAGACACCCAGCAGCCACCCCACCUAUCUCCUGCAGUAAUGUACAUGCCCCUUCUCCUAAGGGAUCAGCACAGAUAGACCACACAGCUUAGCAGCAGAAACACACACAGCACCCGACGCAAACUCACCAGACUCAGUAGAACACAGUCAUGUAGCACGUUGGAGCCAUCAGGAGAGAAAUGCUGGUUACAGUGGGCAGAAGCAAAGUCCCUGCUGCAGUGAAUGCUGGGAAGGACCACCUGGUCACUAUAAGCCCACCUCCCCCAAGGACAGCUGGUGCACACCUGGAGGCAUUAGAGCUCAGCGUUGGACGCGCUCUGAGAUACCCCAGCUCCAGCAGCCAACUGCCUCCAGGUGCCAGGCGGUGCUUGGGAGCAGCUCCUUCUUGAGUUGACUAAGCGGAGGAAGCUCUUGCUAUCCUUGCACUACCAGGCCAGACAAUCCUUCCCUUGGCUGCAGAUCCCACUGGAUCCCUUCCCAUAAUGGAGGUGUGAGUGCCAAGAUCCUCCAUGACCUCCAGAAGCCACAACUCCUUACCGAGAACUCUGAUGGCUCCACGAAUGCUUUCUGAAGGUGCCCUCGGGGGCAUCGCCCAAAUCACCCCCUCGCUGUACCUGAGCCGGGGCAGCGUCGCCUCCAACCGGCACCUGCUCCUGUCCCGAGGGAUCACCUGCAUAAUCAAUGCAACCAUCGAGAUCCCCAACUUCAAUUGGCCCCAGUUUGAAUACGUCAAAGUGCCUUUGGCUGACAUGCCCAACGCCCCCAUCUCCCUGUACUUCGACAGUGUUGCCGACAAGAUCAACAGUGUGGCGCGGAAGCACGGGGCCACCUUAGUCCACUGCGCAGCCGGCGUGAGCAGGUCGGCCACCCUGUGCAUCGCCUACCUGAUGAAGUACCAUAAGGUGUCCCUCUUCGAGGCAUACAACUGGGUCAAAUCGAGGCGCCCUGUUAUACGCCCCAACGUGGGCUUCUGGAGGCAACUGAUAGACUACGAGAGGAAGCUGUUUGGGAAGACAACGGUUAAAAUGGUACAGACACCAUAUGGCAUCAUCCCAGACGUUUAUGAGAGAGAGAGGAGACCCCUGAUGCCUUACUGGGGAAUUUAAUGUGACUGCAGACGGGAAGCACAACAGAAGGGACAUGCCGUUCCAAGUCAACCAGACUGGAGACAUUCCCUUCUCUUUCUACAGCCAACUUUGGUUCUUUACCAUACAGCAGAACCUCAACUAAUUCUCACCUCACUAACCCGCAAGGCCAAUGGUUCCCUUCGAAGCAUUUAUCUCUACAGGGAUUCCCUCAUCCCAUUUUUCUCUGAUUUAGCAGAAUGAAAUCUCCUUACAAGUUUAUUCCUUUCAUACAGCCUCCCUCUCUUUUUAGUCAGUUUAUUAGUAUCCUAUGAGGAAAGGCCUACGAGGCGUUUGGCAGAGUUAAUGAACAAAGUGCGCUUUGUGAUGCGGUAGCCUGGAUAUUUCUUUAAUAGCUUGUUUGCUUCCUUGCAGAAUCCUGUAGUGGUUUGGGAGCGGCACUAGCACCAGACAGGGAAGUCCGGCUCUAACGGCGCGGCUUCCAGGGGCAGGGAGGAGGCAGUGCAGGGUUGUGUUGCUAGUGCUGGUGUUUUCUUUAACAUCUGUAGUGACUCUCAGUAUAUAGUGUUUGAGAUCUUUAGUCAGCUCUUAAUCUGUAUUAGAAGUCAAAAAGAAUGAAGUCAGUCCAUGUCAGGCACAAGUAAAAUAAAAUUUGAAUGAUUGGAAUCAAGUAAAUACAAAGUCCUUCUUCACUCAUUCCAAGCCAGGGCAAUAGUCCUGGAAUACAUUGACACUUCUGAAAAGUACUGGUGGUGUUCUUUAGGUGAAAAGUAAACACAGUUCGUGGACAUGUGGCUCAAGGCAGCAGCGGGAGGUGAACCCUUCCCUUCCCCCACCACACAGCCAAGGGGAUGUUUAGGAAAUGCUGUGUGCGUGGCCACCUUCCUAAAGGGCUGAGUUGCAUUUCCUCAUGUUCAGACAACCAGCGAACUGGAAGUAGGUACACCCACUUGAGUACUUUGCUCUAGAUACAGUCGUGAUCUGCCUUAGCCCAUUUCUAAAACACUUCAUUAUGUCCUCAAGGUUAUGUUGCAUUCUAGAAUUGUUCUGCACAAAAAGGCGAUCUGUUUGACCUCCCAGACGGGGAUGGCAGUACGGAGAAGGCUUUGCCUUGUUCUGUUCAUGAUGAGAAAGAUUCCAACUGGAGAUGUGGGAGAAACCUUUCUGUGGCACAGCUGCUGCCUCCUGGGCACCACUGUCCCCCCUGCGGAUGGAGCAAGACCCUCCUGUCCUCUGCUGCAUCCCCGACGGAUGAGUAUGCAGAUUGCUGGAUGCUGAGAUAGCUAUCUGAUUUAAAUGAGAUUCUAUACUUGUAAAAAAAAAAAUCAAUAAAGAUUAAACUAGAACGUG